AUGCAACAUGCCUUGGAGAGCAAUCAACUUCCUACGAAAGAAUCCCAGUUGGCUCGAGGAGCCAUAUCACCUCCUAAACCUGGAGAGGAAGAAGAUGCUGGAGGCUCCUUAGAGAUCAUCGAAGACAUCGUUAAUCGUGCGAGUAAGAGCCCUACUGAGUCCGCAUAUACAUUUGUUUCCGAGUGGCUCGAGUCUGUUGACUCAAACGCACUGUCUCUCAGCAAUGUGCCAUCUGGGUCGUGUCCGCAGUCAUUCGCGUCUGGUAGAUCCGCUACCCAGCUCGUAAAGGAUCGAUCGUACCGGUCACUGAACUUGGCUUCGCAUAAUAUGCGGCUACGCAAACCACACGAGGAAAUGCCAGAAUAUAUAAUCCGGCUCAUUAAUGAGAUAUGCCAGGACCGUACCUCUCCAGAACCAUCGCUGGAUUCCAUCAAGCAGGACGCUGUUUUGGCUCUGCUGGAAUGGGAGGGGUCUGGUCAGGCGGAGGUGGAAGGAUACUUCGUUUCCAAAAAUUUCCCGGCUCUGGACCCAAGUGAGAGCCUACGAUACACCAGAAGACACCCUAUGGCUUCUCAUACGAUUCCCAAAGUUGCUACAUCCGAAUACAACCUUGCCGUUCCAGUUCCUGGCAUUCUUUACGGCUAUAAUCGUGAUGUGGCAUUUUUCCAGCACACAGCCUACCUGCUUGCAACGGGUACUGAAUCCGUCGCCAAUUCCCAAGAUUUGCUAUACCCGUUCUUCGACGUCGAGUUCAAAGCUUCGACACCGCACACUGCCAGUAACGCACGGGGCCCAUCCGCGGCCACCGUGCAGCCACCCAUCGGUAUUUCGCGCGAAACAACCGUCGUCCGCAUCGAUCGUCUGGAGGAGAGCAAGUACCAUAGAGUCCAGCCUAUUAACAGUGCCGCAUUCUCCGUCACCAUGAACGGCAUUGAAGCCCGGCUCUUCGUCGCAUGGAAGGAGAAUAACGAGUAUACCAUGGCCAAGGUGGAGAGCUUUUUGCUGCAGUCGCCUGAUCAUUAUUUAAAGUUCCGCAAACUUAUCCGGAAUAUUCUGGACUGGGGAAAAAGCAGCCGCCUGAGUGAAAUUAGGGGUGUCCUGGAUGCCGUCUUUGGAGGAGAUGGGGGGAAUCGGGAGGUUUAG